GGUGUGUGUGUGUGUGUGUGUGCGUGAGAUGGUUGGUCAGCGACACCUGAGUAACUGUCACUGUCAGUAACAGCCUUCGCUGUGCUGACUGAAUGGCCGCCGUCACUGCGGGUGGGUGACCGACUGACUGACUGACUGUGCUGAAUGGCCGCCGUCACUGCGGAAAAUGAUUGGUUUAAUUUGGCAUUACCUGUAUAACUCUUUUCUAAGAUCUUGGUUGAAAUGGAUUUUACGGAAGAUAACUGGAACAUGUGAACUGCAGCGUAUUUUAGCUGGCAGCUCUCAAGGAGCAGAGAAAACUAUGAAGAUAGAAUAUUCGUUGGUAUCCUCCAAGAGUGACGUUUUAAGAACUUCAGUGACUGUCAGUGAACGGGGGAUGGCAACUCGGGUUUGUGACAUAAUGGGUGUCAAAAAUAUCACCCCCCAAAAAGAUCCGAAGUUUAAGUUAUGUCUGCAGAUCUGCUUGCUUCAAAUCUCAGGCUAUAACACAUUAUACACUGACUCAGAAAACUUAAGAAAACAGUCAUUUGAUUCUGCUAAUGUCAAGCAUGAAGAUAUGCUGAUGAAGCUAUGGAAUAUACUGAUGCCUCGUAUACACCUGGAGUCUAGAAUCACCAAGCAAUGGAGUGACAUUGGUUUCCAAGGCGAUGACCCAAAAACUGACUUCAGAGGCAUGGGAAUGCUAGGGUUAUACAAUCUAGUAUACUUUGGUGAACAUUACACAGAAGUGGCUCGUCAAAUCCUUUCUCAUUCAAAUCACCCCAAAAUAGGAUAUUCCUAUGCUAUAGUUGGAAUAAAUCUCACUGAAAUGGCUUACAGCUUGCUGAAGAGUGGUGCACUAAAGGCUCAUUUCUAUAACCUGGUCCCUGGAGUUCCUCAGAUGCAUCAUUUUCAUCAGUUUUAUUGUUACCUGAUGUACGAGUUUGAUAAAUUUUGGUUCAAAGAAGAGCCACAAAGCAUCAUGGAAUUCAACCAAUACAGAGAGCAAUUCCAUGAAAGAGUAAAAGAAUUGUUGAAAGAUCCCAAGGCAAUGCUUACUCUGGAAUUCAAUAAAUAAACAGUAGCAAAUACAUUCAGUAUAACCAAGAUAGAACGUGAUACCAAGCAGAAGAUGUUGGAAGAACACUGUUGAUGAGGUCGUUUCACGUCUUUUUAAAAAUAUUUUAUUAGUAAAGAGUGAUGCAAGAUUAUGUGACUCCAAUUCAGGAUAAAGAGAUUUUCGGUAUAGGUACUAUUGAAAUUGCAUUUCAGAUUUAUUUGUAUUUAAUGGUAUAAAUAUGGAUCAUAAUAUUCAAAUAUAGUACAGGUAUUUUGCAAUUUUGUUUCAUUAUUAAAAGAAGAGUGUGCUUAUGGGCCAUUAAAAUAUAUAUUUCAGUAGAAUGAAUUUUAGCAGAUUCUGACGUUUUCCUGUGGAGAACAACUUGUGGCUGAAUAAUCCAUUAAAUGCUUAUUGCAAAUUUAUUUUUCUGUUAGCGCACAGACAAUCAGAAACUCGUAAAGUUGUAAUUUGUUUUAAUAUUAUCAUCCAGUGACAUGACAGAUCAUUGUCAAGGAAGAAAAUAAUGCAGUGUUACCAGGGAGUAAUCUUAUUGAAGAGUUAACAACUGAUAUUUGAACUUUGAUUAGAUUACUUUCUGCAUUCUUUUGUGGAGAGCUGUGUGGAAGUUGUUACUGACAUGUAUCCUGGUAGGUGUCAGCUAGGAUUUUCCUUGUGGUUGAUUUUUCUAUGAUUGUCAUCUGAAAAUCUUAUCAAGCAGUCACAAAAUCUAAUCUCUUGUACACUAACUAAUUAAUUUCAAAAAAGUUUGUGAUCUUACUUAUUCAACAGUCCAAUUUUAGGACACAUGAGAUAUUUUUAAAUUGUCAAUGAUAUAUGAUGGGUUACUUGAUAAAUUUGCAGACUGCAGUACAAAUAAUCCUUCAAUGUGGAUACUGCCUUCAGCUACAGAGCUGAGGCCACACUAUUCACAAUGCUAAUAGCAUUCUUUCAGUUCAUCAUGUACAUGCAACUGGAGUUAUCUUUGUACUACAUUGUGUAAAGUUUAUAUUUUGUAGAAUACAAUCAAACCUGUUUUCAGCAACCAUUUAGGGGACUGGACUAAAGUGGCCUUUAUAUAAAGGUGGCCUCUGAGUAAGGGUUCGUUGUUGAGUGUAGUCCAAGUGUAUAGAAAAGUGCAGGUCACAAUCAAACCCACAAUCAGAACUAUUUUUAAUAAAGUAAUAAAUCAAUUACAAAAUACAAAUGGUUACGGUUUCUGGGGGGCCAAAAUUUCCACAGGCCCAAACGUAGACACCGCUGGACUCCUAGUACGUACCAAUACUGUGCUGAGCAGCCCACCAGGUCUGAUCUGGUCAUUGAAACGUGGGUCAGUAGUGACAGGACUAAAUAAGAGUAGCCAUUGAUUGCAUCAGACAGGUGGUUGGUGAAUAGAGAGUUGUUUUCACAGGUUUGAUUGUAUUGCUAACAAUUGGCAAUAAAUUCCAGCACCUUCCUGCACAAUGGGGAAUUAACAAAUUGGCUGAAAUUACAUUUGUAAUCUUGGAGCAUUCACCUAAAUUGGGAUUAUAUGAAUGGUGAAAACUUGCUAAUUUUUUUGUCUGAAGUGAGAUAAGGAAAAAAGCAGUCCUUUUGAAGUCAAAUUUCAUACCUCACUCAAGAAGUAAGGAGGAACAUGUUUGUUUUCUAUAUUCUUAUCUUGCUUCCUGUUGAGUAUUGCUCAUUACAUGGUCAGCGAUGUGAUAUUUUGUAUUUAUUACACGUUUAGUCUGGUUAAAACAUUUGUUACUGUAAAUUAAUAAAUUUAUUGACAAAAUGCUUGCUUUGAAAAGAAGAUACUUUGACAUUUGAUGUUCAUAUAGAUUUAUAACAGAUGGCCUUCCUAGUAAGUAAAAGAAAACUAUUUUGCUGAAAUAAAUGAUAUCGUCAACAAUU